UCAGACCAGGCCUAAGUGUUGUUAUGGUGACAGGAGCCUGUCUCUGAAAAUACUUUCUAGAAACAGACACUGAACCAAAAUGAAAUAAAUUUUGAGCCCUGACAAAAAAACGAUUCAUGUGUGGAGAUCAUGAAAGAGUUUAGCAUCUUCUCCCUCUGGGUGUUUAUCAACCUGUUGCUGCUGGAGAGCUCAUCAUGUGCUGGUGACUCUGGUGUUGUGAAUCCCUGUUGCUACUACCCUUGUCAGAACUCAGGAGUGUGUGUGAGAUUUGGUACAGACGGAUACCAAUGUGACUGCACUCGCACUGGCUUCCAUGGAGACAACUGUACAGUUCCGGAGUUCUGGACCAGGGUUCGUCUCAUGCUGAAGCCCAGUCCUGGUGUCGUUCACUACAUCCUUACUCACUUCCAGUGGCUCUGGGACAUCAUCAACAAAACUUUCCUGCAAGACACAAUGAUGAGAUUAGUGCUGACAGUCAGGAGCGACCUUAUUCCAAGCCCGCCGACCUACAAUACUAAAUAUGGAUACCUCAACUGGGAGUCCUACUACAACGUCUCCUACUACACCCGGCUCCUUCCUCCUAUACCCAAAGACUGUCCUUUGCCCAUGGGAACUAAAGGUAAAGCUGUUCUUCCUGAUCCCAAAGUGUUGGCUGAAAGGUUUUUUAAGAGAAAGACAUUUAAGCCAGACCCUCAGGGAAGCAAUCUGAUGUUUGCCUUCAUGGCCCAACACUUCACCCACCAGUUUUUCAAAACAAACCACGAAGUUCAAGGGGGCUUCACCAAGGCUUUUGGACAUGGGGUAGAUGCAGGCAAUAUAUAUGGAGACAACCUCAUGCGACAGCUUCAACUCCGGCUUCAUAAAGAUGGAAAGCUGAAAUAUCAGUUAGUAAAUGGUGAGAUGUACCCUCCCACAAUAUCUGAGGUCCCUGUGCACAUGGUGUAUCCUGAACAUGUCCCUCCAGAGAAGCGUCUGGUCAUUGGGCAGGAGAUAUAUGGCAUCUUGCCGGGUCUCACCAUGUACGCCACCCUUUGGCUGCGAGAGCACAACAGAGUCUGUGACAUCCUAAAGGCAGAACAUCCUACCUGGGAUGAUGAACAGCUCUUCCAGACUGCCAGACUCAUCAUCAUUGGGGAGAUAAUCAACAUCAUAAUCGAAGAGUACGUGCAACAUCUGAGUGGUUACCUGCUGAAGCUGAAGUUCGAUCCCUCUCUGCUGUUCAACGCGCGUUUCCAGUACAGCAACCGCAUUGCUCUGGAGUUCUGCCACCUCUACCACUGGCACCCACUGAUGCCCGACAGCUUUCUUGUCGAUGGAGAUGAAAUCCCAUACUCCAAAUUUAUUUACAACACCUCCAUCCUCUUGCAUUAUGGGGUGGAGAAACUGGUGGAUGGCUUCUCUCGACAGCCUGCAGGACAGAUAGGUGGAGGUCACAACUCUCAUGAAAGAGUGCUAAAUGUGGCAGAAAUGGUCAUCAGAGAAUCUCGAGCAACACGUAUUCGGCCCUUUAAUGAAUACAGGAAGAAGUUCAACCUCAAGCCAUACAGCUCUUUUUAUGAAUUUACUGAUGACUUAGAAAUGGCCAGAGAUUUAGAGGAACUCUACGGUGACAUCGAUGCUUUGGAGUUUUACCCAGGCGUCAUGCUGGAGAAAACACGUAGGAACAGCAUAUUUGGUGAGAGUAUGGUGGAGAUGGGUGCUCCCUUCUCUCUGAAAGGCCUGUUGGGAAACCCCAUCUGCUCCCCUGAGUACUGGAAGCCCAGCACCUUUGGGGGAGAGACAGGCUUCAGUAUCAUCAAAAAUUCCACUUUGAAGAAUCUGGUGUGCCUCAACACCAAGUGGUGUCCAUACGUGGACUUCCAUGUUCCCCGAAUGGAGGAGGAGGCAAAACCAAAGAAAUCAUCUACUGAGCUUUAGUGAAUAUAUAGCUGAUGAUCUGUGAUUUCAUUAGUCAUUACUCAGUGCACAGUGACUAGUUGCCCAUGUGUAAAUGUUUGUCGUUAUCCCAUUUAGAUCAGGUUUAUUGUUCUACCUGUGCUCCAAUAGUUUUAGUCUUGUCUGCAAUGAAUAUCACAUUAAAGCAUGUCUACCUUCUGACAAAUCACAUAGUUAUGUCUUUGUAUCAUCUUGAAGACCAAAUAACAAAAAGACCUGACAUUGCUGUAAUUACCUGUUCAAAGAAGUGAGGAAAUUCACAGUAUUUUAAAUUGCUUAAAACAAACCUAAGAUAUAUAGUUGCUUAUGUAUGUUUGCUUAUGAAAUGUGAAUGUCAGUAUCAAUGAAGACUCUUAUAUACUUUAUUACGUUUAGUUGUAUUUUGUUUCUCCACAGUUGUAACCGAGAAAAGCCUACAGCCACUCUACUAAAUGGCUAUUUGAAGUCUGUGUUUCUCACACCAACUUACAGACAGGAUGUAGAGAGUUGUGUAUCACUUUUUGGUGUGACAAACAUGUUCACACAUAACUGUGGUUUAGGUCAUAUUGAAAGUUAUAAAAUGUUGCACGAUAAAGUGAAUAAAUCCUGCUGUUGUUGACCAAAUUAAUGUCCACAUCUAGUUUAGAUCCCCCUUUUGUGUAGUUAUAUUGGGCUGUGUUCAUUUUAACUGUAUGGUAAACUAUUAAUUACAUGUGUUACUGAAACACUGAGACCUUUAAGGGCAGAAAAGUUUGGUUGCAGUGACCCCUGCUGUGGGUUACAUUUUUAAGAUGGUUGCUGGACCAGUAUGGUCACUGCACACUUUUUUAAUGGAAGACAUUUCGAAAUGUCAGUAAAAUAAAAAAUAACUCCAC